UCGGUAAAUAUAAAAAAAUGGACGAAAACGAUAUAUCCAACUUAGAUAUUGAAUUCAAACGAUAUUUACAAAUUCUACGGCCGUAUUUGGGACAGCUUUUAGAUCAAGAUGUAAUUGAAAUAUGCAACGCUUGGAUUAUGAGACUUUCAAAUUGCAAUGACGAUGAGAAAUUUUAUCGCAAUAAGUACAUAUUUGCACUUUGCUAUCAGUUAGCUAAAGGUAUGCUCGAAAAACCUUUUUUAAGCCCACCUUCGUUAAGUUCCCUAUGUCCUCUACCAGAAGAAAUUAUUAGUGAUGAUUCUUCAACUGAAGUUGAAUGUUUAGUCAUUGACUCUGAAAAUCCGACAACUAAAGUAAUAUACAAUAAUCCUAAAACUCCUCUCACCGUACCAGAUGAACAAAUAUGUGAAAGUGACAUUCAUUCCAACACUACUCAUAAUAUAAUAAAGCAAAGUGAAUGUUUUUACUCAGAGGAAAUUAAUGAAAAUAAAUUCACUCCAUACGAGCAAUCACUCCUUUGCUACACAUGUCCAAAAAUAUAUACAGAUCGAAAUGAUUCUGAAGAUAAAAAUGACAAAUACCAAUGUAGAGCAGCAAACUUAAUUAUGAAACUAAGACAAAUUAAAGAUCAAAAUAUUCAACUUCAUAACGAAUUAAUUGCAUUAAAAAAGGAAUCAAGAUCCCCCCAAUAUGAAUCUACCAGUAGUAUUCAUAAAGUUGAUAAUGCAACGAGCACGAAUAUGUCUGUACAAAGUAGUACUAAUUUGAACUCUUUAAAAGAAAAACUGCAAGAACUUCAAAACUCAAGAAAUGCAUUAAUAGAUACUAUAGCUAAUUUACAAGAAAAACUUGAUUAUAGUGACGAUAUGAAAAAACGUAUAUUAGAGGAUAUAGAAGCGAAACAUAAACUAGAAAUUAUAAAUUUAAAAACAGUUAUUCGCGAAGAAGUCUCUAUUUCCUACAAAAAUCAGUUAGAAGACUUACAACGCAAAUGCGAAGAGAGUAUUGCAGUUAUCACAAAUAAUCAUGCAACAGAAAUGGAGAAUAUCACUCAAUCCAAAGAUAGCAUUAUUGUAGAAAAAGAAAAGUUGAUACAAAGUAAGGACUUUGAAAUUUCACAAUUAAAAAACAACAUUGAAGAAAUUAAACGAAAUCAAUUUAGUGUUAUCAAUAGAUUGCUUGAUAAACCUGAUAUUUCUGAGAGUUCAUCAUCAAAAACUGAAGAGUUAGAAAGAAGGCUAAAUAAAAUGGAAAGAGCUAGAUUCAAAAGUGCAAAAGCUUAUGAAGCUAAAUUGGCACAUUUGCAAAGACAAAAGCAUGUAGCUGAGUGUUCAUUGCAACUCCAACUAAUGAAACAGCGUACACAAGUUAUAAACGAAACCACUGAUGAGAAUCAGAUAGAAUUGACGACAGCAUUGGAUAAAUUGGAAGCAAAGUAUAAAGAAAUAGUCGCCAAUGUGCAAGCGACAGCUGUACAGCGAAGGAUGCAAGAUCAACUUGCUCUAGAUUCCAUAAUUCAAGCGAUUUGCGGUGUACGUGACACGUUUGCAAAUUCACAACCCGCAAGUCAAUUGGCAAGCAAAACUAUGCGUAGUUCGAACAAGAAUGGUAAUCAGAGCGGCGACAUUGAAUUAUCUACGUUGUUCCAUGGUAACAAGGUUGGGAAUGUGGUUGUGAGCAAGCCAUAUGGCGAGGACAGCAUAGUAAAUGAAUAUUGUCUUGAUAGCGAGAAACUUGGUGAACUAUUUGACAGAGUACACAUUCCACAGAGGGACACUGGCGAUGCUCCAACAAAGAAGUAACUAACGUAACUAUUUAGGUUCGAAAACCAACUUCAAUAUGAAUGGUUCAAUAUAAUAUUUGUGAGGUCGUUUGUUAUUAUUG